AUAGCCGUCCCUCCGUCCCCCAGACAGAAGGCCCAGCAGUCCGUCCGUCUGGCUUUCCCUUUUCCGUUUUUCCUCUUCCAAAAACUCAUCUCCCACCUUGUCCCGCUCCUCUCUGCUCCGCUGCUCCCCUCCCCUCCCCUCACCGGGAGAUCCCAACCCAAAUCCUCCUCCGCAACGGCCCACCGAAACCCUAGAAACUCGCCCCCACGCUGCCUUCGCCCCCUCUCACCCCCUCCGAGGCUUCGCUCCCGGUUCCGGCCACGGCCUCGCUCUGUGCUGGGCAUGUGCUGCGGCCGCCGUGCCGGAAGAUGACCUCCCAGGACGGCGCCGCCCCGCUGCCGGCCCCGCCCAAGCGCCCUGCCCCGGGGGAGCAGCCGUCGUCCGAGGUCCUCGUCACCUACAAGCGCCGCCGCACGGCCACCCGCGGCGCCAGCUCGGACCCCGGAGCGCCUUGUGCCACCAUCGUCCCCUGUAGCGGCACUUCUGGCCAAGAUGGCCACCAGAUCCUGCCCAGACAUUGGAUUACUUGGAGGAACACGUUGGAGGGCUUCCUGCAAUCCCCAGGUGUAAAUAAGGGUGGGGGGAUUCAGAGCUGCAUACAAGAUGCGCUCAGAUACAAUUGCUGUCGAUCAGUGCAAAAAGGCAACCUAAAUAAAGGCCAAGAAGCGUCAGAAGAGCAUCCUGCUGGAGUAGCAGGUGCUAAAGAGAUUAGCUCCUGUAUUGCAUUAAAAGAUGCGAUUGCAGCAUCUUUGGAUGCCAACACAGCAAUGUGCAAUAAUGCUCUCCUUGACAUUUUUGUCUCGGAGAAGUUUGCCAUGUUGUGUGAUUUGCUAGUUGGAACUUUCCAUGUGAGUAAGGUUCAUGAGGUCAUUGAUUUGGGGAAAAUUGACGCCAACAUGAGAAAUGGAAACUAUGCACGGAACCCGGCUCUGUUCAACGACCACAUCCAGCAGAUAUGGGAGAAGUUUGAACAAGUUGGCCGAGAGAUGACAAGUCUAGCCAGCAAUCUUCCAAUCAUUUCACGAGCUUCCUAUCAGAAGCAAGCUUCUGGAGUUUCUGAAGUAGAGGUUGCUGCUGAGCACAGGAUAGAGGAAACAAGUUUGGGUGGAUUCGUCGAGAAAAUCCCGAAGGAUUCAAAUACGACCACGCAGUUCUCCCCAUGUGAUUCCGGUCAUUCUACAAUACCAAAGCGAUCUGGGACAUGUGGACUUGGUCGAACUUGCACUUGCAAACAAUGUGGUACCAGUGCAGAAGAAGAAAAAAGCCUUAUCUGCGAUGGAUGCGACACGACAUACCACUUUGAAUGUGUGAAGCGACUCCAUCCUGCUAUGAAACAAAUCCCGGACAACUGGCACUGUCCUGCCUGCAGCAGCAAUAAGGGAAAGGGAAAGGGAAAGGCUGCAGGCACCAAGAAGAAUGUUCUUGACAGCCUGCAUGGUGAUUGUCCUCUGUGUGACAAGCUUGAGGUCAUCAAGAAGAUAGAACCACCUGAAGUUGCCAGCGGAAUCGAGGUAGCCGACGAAAGAGAAGGGAGCUCGGUGCCAAGCGUGGAGGAAGAGAACGAGCCGGACCUGUACACGACCGCCCUGUCGAAGCUGUGCAAGCACUGCGGCACGUGCGAGGACGACGACAAGCAGUUCCUGGUGUGCGGCCACCCUUACUGCCCCUACAAGUUCUACCACAUCCGGUGCCUGAGGACGAGCCAGAUCGCGCUGGAGAAGCAGAAGAACCUGGAGUGCUGGUACUGCCCGUCGUGCCUCUGCAGGGGCUGCUUCAAGAACAAGGACGACGAGGAGAUCACCCUGUGCGACGGCUGCGACGAGGCCUACCAUGUGUACUGCAUGACGCCCAAGCGCACUUGUGUCCCCAAGGGUCACUGGUACUGCCCGCUGUGCAGCGUGCGGCGGGCGAGGGAGGGGAUGCAGAGGUACGAGAAGUCGAUCCUGAAGAAACAACAACAUAUAAGCGCCAAGCGUGCGAGCCAGGCGGACGACGCUUAGCCUAGUUGAUGAUGCUAUUGCUUGGCCAAGAGGGGAGUAAUAAGCAGAGCAGCGUUUUGCAAAGAUGCUUGGCCAAGCUUUGCUGGGUAAAGGAAAAGGAAGGGACGAUGAUUAUUCUUUGGCCCUCUUUGGAGGGCCAUAUAUUAUAUAUACACUGGCUUGAAUAGUUGAAUCAGAGCCAGUCAGUUGUGUAGUUGACACUUAGAAAGUCUCGCCUGAUGAAACGCUUCUUUUAUGUAGGCUGUAUUGUUAUUAUUUGCACGAAACAUCACUUGAUUUGUUGUGUUUUACUUAGUGCCAGUUGUUCCAUUGUAACUCUUGUAAGGAACGAAUGAUAUGACCUUGUCUAUCUCUAUUCAUUGCUGUUGUUUGGUUA